UAGCGUCCCUUUCUUAUGACGCUUCUUUCCUUUUCUAAUUGGCAAGAACAAAGACAAGACGUACCGAAAAAUAGCAGCCGUGUCCAUUUGAAAAUCUACUGUAGCUAUCGUUUUUCAGGGGAAGAAGAAAUAAUUUUCAACCAGGAGCUGAUCUCCGAAAACGAUGGAGUUGGACAGACAGCAUCGUUGACUAUCCCAGCAAUCCCAACAGUAGACAUAGCUAAGCUUCAACACGCAGACUGCAACAUAGGCAGACUAUUUCAGUACUGGAAAGAUGGAAAGUCCCCACCACACCGUCAGCUAUUUAAAGAAUCCAAGAUUGUUAGAAAGCUUCUUAGGGAUUGGAAUAGGCUGUCUGAAACACAAGGAGUCUUAUACAGAAACAUAGUAGAGAAGGGAGAGAAUGUCAAGCAACUUCUAUUACCCGAGUCUCUUAAAGACAAAAUUUUACAGACUGUUCACGAUGAACUUGGUCAUCAAGCAUUUCAGAAAACACUCGAAAUAACACGUAAACGUUGUUACUGGCCGGGAAUGGCAGAUGACAUUCAGAAGUACUGCGACAACUGUCCACGUUGUACCCUUGCAAAAGCAGGAAGGAAAGUCAAGCCAUUAAUGGAAGUCCUUGCAAUAGAUUUCACUGUACUCGAACCAGGAAUGAAUAACUUGGAAAACGUACUGGUGAUGACCGAUGUGUUCACCAAGUACACACAGGCUAUCCCUACUCGGGACCAGAGGGCAUCAACUGUUGCAAAAGUAUUAGUCCGAGAAUGGUUUGUUAGGUUUGGUGUCCCUCAUCAUUUGCACAGCGACCAAGGACGCAACUUUGAAAGUCAUGUCAUACAAGAACUUUGUAACAUCUAUAACAUUACUAAAUCCCGGACUACUCCGUAUCACCCGCAAGGAAAUGGCCAGUGCGAACGAUUCAACCGCACUAUGCACGAUCGUCUCCAUAUGCUUUCUCCCGAGGUGAAAAGGAAUUGGCCUGACUAUCUUCCGGAACUUGUAUUCGCUUACAAUGCCACACCACAUUCUUCUACCGGGUAUUCCCCCUACUAUUUGUUCUAUGGGCGUGAACCCAAGUUGCCAAUUGAUCACAUUCUAGGGAAUGGAAUAGAAGAAGGCGAAGGCAGAAAUAUAGAAGAAUGGGUAGCGGAGCACCAUAAUCGCCUGCACAAAGCAUUUCGAAGUGCUUCAACGGAGACUGAGAAACAUGCACUAGCCAGAAGGGAAAGGAAUAAUCGCACGGCAACAGAAGCAGACCUCCAGAUUGGUGCACGUGUCUUCAUCCGAAACCACCAACUUGGGCGAAACAAGAUACAAGACUAUUGGUCGCCUAACCCAUACGUCGUAAUUAAGCGCCCUGAUCCCAGUGGAAAUGUAUAUACAGUAAAACCGUUAACUGGAAGUGGGAACACUAGAACUGUCCAUAGGACGGAGAUAUUAGACUCAGGGGAACUUGAAGUUAGUGAACCCGACCCCAUUACUCAGGUAGAGAAAUCUAACACAGAGUCUGUGUUACCUACAAGCAAUUAUCAUCCAAAAAUGCAUGAUGAGGAUCAAGCUUCAAGCAGUGAACGGAAUUCCAAAGAUCUUGAUGGACCAUAUGAGGUGAUACUCUACUCACCAAGUGAUGAAGGGGGACAGCAGGAAUUAGAGCCUACACCUAUUGUUGAAAAUAUAGUUGAUGAUGAUCGUUCAAGUGUUGUUUCGGAGUGUGUUCAUCCUGAUAACAAUGAAGGUAUAGUUGGUGAUGCUCAUCCCAAUAUUUCUGAUUCUAUUGACCCAAAAGAGAAUGCACAUUCUAGCGGAGCCGAGAGUCAUGAAGAGCAACUCAUUAGAGAUAUAAGAAAUUUUGACGAUCCAAGCUCAACUACAAGACAUUGUAAUUAUAAUAGUGUUGAACAUAGUCGUAGUUCUAAUGAUGUUCAGUGUCAUACAAAGCAACAGCAACAAGCAGGGCAAGAGGACGUUCCUUUACGACGUUCAUCCAGGAUUAAAGCCAAAGAAGCUGGGCAAGUUAAUUGUAGUAGCAGUCAUAUUGGAUUCGACAAUACAAUUCUAGCGGACUUUGGAAAGUCACAAUUGCUUUUCGCACAGAUGUUAGCUGAGCGCUUUGGAAAUCAAUAACUUGGAGUUUAUAUAUGUAUUUUUUUUUUGUUGUUGUCGAGGACGACAACGGAUAAACCUGGGGAGUAUGUAAUACUGUAGACUGAUUUCUUUCACCAUAUUCAUGCAUUGAUUUAAUUAACGAUAAUAACCCUAAGACAAUAAUAGUUUCGCCCUAAGACUAAUUACUAAUUAGUCCUAAGUACCUGAUUUAUACACAAUAAAGUAGUACAAAGUUCAUCAUUAAA